GGGACAGAUGGGAAAGAAAACAUGGAGACAGCACAGCUUCACAUGAUCAGUUCAUUCUUAUCUUCACCUUUGCCUAAUGCAUUUCCACAGAUCCAUUCGAUUAUUAUACACCUGUCGCCCAAUGCAUACCGCCGGAUAUGCUUUAAUACCUUACUAUUCAAAAGUACAGAGAAGCUCACCUGAUAUAACAUGCAAUGUCAACAAAAAGGUGCAGACAAAAAGGAAAGUUGAGAAGUGGGUAUGUGUGAAAUGUUGAAUUGAACAAACCUCAAAAGUUCAAAUUGACACUCUUCUUCAUUUUCCAGCUUCUUGGCAUGCUUUGUUCUUAUUAUCAAUUAUCAUAAUUUCCUUCUUUACUUCCCUGUCAGAGUUCAAGAGAUAAUUCCACAAGCUCAUAAGGAUGCAGAUUAAUUAUUUGAUGACUUAAGCUUCAAGCUCCUGUCUUUCUUUAUUAAAUCUUCAUUGCAGGCAGUAAGCAACUUUUAUGCAUCAAAAAGAAGAAACAAAUGGGACAUGCACAGAUCCUAGCGCUCUACAUCACCAUAUCUGUCAUCACUUUUUUUAUAUCAAAGAUUAUCGUUUCUGUUCUCAUUUACAAGAGAUGGAAAAGAAAACAGAUUGCUUUUGCAGAAGGUUUCACGGGUGGGAAAAUGGUAAUCUUUAGGUCUCCAGUACUGCAGUCUAUGACAUCAGAUGACUUUUUGAAGAAGAUAUCAAAACUAAGCAACAAUGACAUUAUUGGUUUUGGUGGAUAUGGCACAGUGUACAGAUUAACCAUUGAUAACGCAACAGCUUUUGCUGCAAAGAGACUAAACAGAGGAAGUGCAGACAGGGACAGAGGAUUUGAGAGAGAAUUGGAGGCAAUGGGAGACAUUAAACACCGAAACAUUGUGACUCUUCAUGGAUACUACACAGCUCCUCAUUAUAAUCUUCUUGUAUAUGAGCUAAUGCCCAAUGGAAGUUUGUAUGAAUUUCUUCAUGGAGCGUUAAAGGAUAAGAAGAUUUUAGAUUGGCCUACAAGAUAUAACAUAGCAUUAGGAGCUGCCAGAGGAAUAUCCUACCUUCAUCAUGAUUGCAUUCCUCACAUAAUCCAUAGAGACAUCAAAUCAAGCAAUAUCUUGCUGGAUCAGAACAUGGAGGCUCGAGUGUCAGAUUUUGGACUUGCCACAUUGAUGAAACCCGACAAGACUCAUGUUUCAACAGCCGUAGCUGGAACUUUUGGAUACUUGGCUCCAGAAUACUUUGAUACAGGAAGGGCAACAGCAAAAGGUGAUGUCUACAGCUUCGGUGUGGUUUUGCUAGAGCUCUUAACAGGAAAGAAACCCAUGGAUGAAGCAUUUCUGGAGGAGGGAACCAAGCUUGUCACUUGGGUAUGUUUUUUAACUCCUUGAACAUGGCAUUACCAGAAAUCCACCACUUCAUAAAAGCUACAAAACUUUUGAACUUUGCAAGAAACAGAUUACAUACGUUAUUCCACACAUGGCUUACAUUCUUGCUGAAUUCACAUCCAAAGAAGUUUCAAUUUGUUUCUUGUUAAAAGUUCCAAAGGCUCAAAAAAGUUUCCUGUGCUUUUUCUUGUUUUGUUAACAUUUUCUAGUGAGAAUUUAGUGAGGUUAACUAAAAAGGUCUAAACUUCAUUCUCCUAGCAUCAAUAGCAUCAUGAUAUGUUUUAAGUUUCCAUUUAGUUCUGAUGAUAAAUCCUAGAUUACUAUAUCAAUAAUUUUAGAUAAAUUGCAGCCUUCACCAAACAUUUUGAGAAUUCAGUUGGGGAAGGAGAGAUAAUGCCUACCCCCUUAAAUUUUGUAGCUCAACCAAAGAAAAGUAAUAACAAUAAGAAGAGAUAGAAGUUAAAAGUUCAACCAACAGUAGUAAGACUAUAGUCAUAAAUAACAGAGUUUCAAAAUGGGCAUAAAAUUUCCCUCUUCACCUUACUGUAGUUCAGAGAUCAACUUGUUAUUAGUAAACAUGUUUGAAAUACUAGAUAUUGCUUUUAGAAAGCAAUUAUUUCUAUAUAAAUCAUUGUACUAAUGUUAGAGCAGGUGAAAGCAGUUGUUGAAGAUAAGAAGGAAGAGUAUGUACUUGACAGUAAAUUGGGCUGUUAUCCAGUUGAUGAGAUAAAUAGUGUUUUCAGUAUUGCAUUAAUGUGCCUUGAAACAGAGCCUCCUAAUAGGCCUAACAUGGCUAAAGUUGUCAAGAUGCUAGAGCAGAUCAAGUCAGAAAAGGUUGUAACCCAUUCAUAGAUUUUUUUUUUUUUUUUAUUGCUGCUAUCUUUUUAUCAUAAUAUUCUCAAGUUUAUAUAUAAUAAUAAUUUCCCCCUUUU